AUGGCGGCUUGGGCUUUUGCUGUCAUUGGGCUCGCUGUGGCCCUGUGCUUCGGCUGUGCCGCACAGUUCACAAACAUGCCUAUCUUAUUCUUCGGCCACAUCGCGGCAAUGUUGGUCUGCUGGUGCUUGAUGACAAGUGGCUCUGUUGUCUAUUCGUUGGCGGCGGGAAAGAGAGACAGUGUCCGGGCACUACAUGCGGCCAUCCAGACCUGUGCGGUCUUCGCCGCGGUGGUUGGCUACUGCUGCAUCUUCCGGAACCACCAGUUGAUGGGUGGUUCACAGUUGGGCUUCGACCCCGGCAACCCUCCAGCAAAGACAGCGCACGCCUUGCUCGGCUACGUUGUCUUGGGCUGCAUGCUUGUGCAGGCUUUCCAGGGCUGGUCCAAGUAUCUCGGGCUGCAGGCUGGAAAGAUCCGAUAUCUGGCGCAUCCUUUGAAUGGCCGGGUUGUCCUGGCAAUUGCUUCGCUGAACAUGGCGCUCGUGCUGACGACCUUCCCCCUCAGUCAGGCGCUUUUCAGUGUACUUGCGGGUGGUAUCCUCGUGACUUCCGCAGCAGCGGUCAUCCUGAGUGGACCAGCAGGCAAGGCCGCCGCCAGGGAGGCAAUGUGCUCGGAGGCCAUGCUCAUGGAAUCCGAGAAGGGCUACGAGCAGCUCGCAGCGAGUGACUGA